AUGGAAAAAUCACUUACUGAAAGUGAACAACUUACAGAAUGCAAGGGCAAAUCCUUACAAACAAUUAAAGAACUCACCAACCAACACCACUCACCACCAAACCAACAUCACCCACUACCCACCACCGCCCGCACUCACCACCCACCAAACACCACCAUCAUUACCACCCUACCACCACCCCCACCCCAACCCUACCCACCACCAUCACCACCAGCCGCACCUAUCAUCCUCCAUCACCAUCAUCACCCAUCACUUACUAACAUAACCACCAAACAUCCCCACACACCACCACCCACCCACCGCCAUUCACUAUCACCACCCACCACCAACAAACACCAUCACCCUCACCCAACAUCCAACAAAACCACCACCCCUACUGCCAAACACCACCACCACCUCCACCAUCACCAUCCACCACUAACCACUACAAACCAUCACCACCACCACCAUCACCACAUGCCACCACUACACUCCACUACCACCCACCACCACCACACGUCACUACCCGCUCACCAACACCACUAG